UAAAAAAAAUGAAAUUCAUUAUGAAAAUAUUCCCAACUUUCUUAUCAAUAGCUUUUAUAGCUUUCAUCAUAUUAAUUUCACCGGUUGUUACUUUCCAGACUGUUAAAUCUGUUAAUAAUGCUGAUCAAGAUGAUGAAAUUCUAAAAUCCAUUGGUAAAUGUGUUAUUGCAAAUGCUAUCACUAGUACUUUAUUAGAAAUUGGAUUUAUUUCGCAUACCAUAGUUUGCUUAGUUACUGAGUUUAUUGAGUUUCUUAUUUUCGGGGAAGGAGGAGAUUUUAUUUCGGGUGUUGUGAAAGAAAUUAUAUGUUCUAUACUAUUUGAACUUAUUGUACAUAGAUUGCUCGGAAUAAAUUUCGGAGCAUUUAGAGGGUUUAUAGUGCGAAUUAUCAGAAGAUUUCUGCACUAAAAAGUUAUCAAUUACAUCAAAUAUACUAAAAAUAUAUUCGAAAUAUUUACAUCGAAUUUUUUAUUUAUUUAAAUUUUUUAUAAAAAGGUAUUUAUAUACUUGAAUUAGCUUUUCUUUUCUUUUCUUUUCUUUUUCGUAUAA